AUGUGCCUCGGAGGGCACCUCACCGCCUCCUCCGUGUUCCACGUGCUCACACUGCUCGAGGUGCGUCUUUCCUUGCUCCUCAGUCGAGCAGGGUUGACAAACCUGCUACUCAUGGAGCAGUUGAUAUGCGUGUUCUCACAGCGCCCACUCAUGGAGGCGCGUGUUCUCACAGCGCCCACUCAUGGAGGCGCGUGUUCUCACAGCGCGCACUCAUGGAGGCGCGUGUUCUCACAGCGCCCACUCAUGGAGGCGCGUGUUCUCACAGCGCCCACUCAUGGAGGCGCGUGUUCUCACAGCGCGCACUCAUGGUGGCGCGUGGGAGGGUAUUGGAUCGGAUUGACUGGGAUGGUCAUUGUGCGCUGUUGCUACUUUCUGGACGACACUACCAAACCCCACGGAGCCACGCACAAGGGAGCCCCUUCUCAGAACGGAUAUGCAGCACUGCUCCCAGAAGCGCGCCACUAUGCCCUUGAGGCGAUGUUUGAGUUCACUGUUGAGACGUCUCAAAAGAUGUUUGAGUCCACGCAAGGAGCGAAUUCACAGAAUGGCUCGGCAUUGCUCCCAGAGGAGUUGACUUUUGCGUCGACUCAAAAGAAUUCACACAAUGGUUCUGCAUUGCUCCCAGAGGAGCGCCGCUACGCCAGUGCCACCCAAACCACCACCACCAUGCCUCUCAAAUCCACAGCUACUGCUCUCACAGCACCGACUCUCCAGUCCCCGCCAUCGUUGGAGCUCGCCUCACUGCCCUGCCACAGCCUCUCCUCCUCCUCCUCUGCUCCCACACGCCUUCCUUCCACCCCCCGUGCUGCCUUGGUGCUUGAAGGGGCUUCUUUUUCUUGGGGAGAAGCAGUGGGAGAAGCUCGGUGCGAGGGGGAGAUGGAGGACGAAGAGAAAGGAGAAGGAUUGAGCAGAAGGAGGGAGAGCCAUGCACUUCAAGUGGCAUCGGCAGGGCAUGUAUUUGAUCUCUCUGAGACUCCCUCCACGGGCUUUGGCUGCACGGACGAUGGGUGCAGGGGCUAUGGCACAGGUUAUGGCACGGGCUACAACAGAAGCAGCUGCAGCGUCGCACACGUCCCCUCAGCUUUCCGCAUGUGUUUCCCGCAGCGGUUCAUGGGCUCUCAUGCUGCUGGUCUUUCCCCUGCUGCAGCUUCUGCUUCUUCUUCUGCUGCUGAUGCUGCUGCAGUGAGUGCGCCUGUGACUGCACAGGGGGGGCAAGAGCGGCAGAAGGAGAUGGGCUGGCGGGACGAUGCACCGAGCGGGCGGGUGGAGGGAGUGAGCGUGAGGCUGGGAGAGGCGGAGCUGCUGGGAGUGACUGGCAAGACGGGCAGUGGCAAGUCGUUGCUGCUGCUGGGUAUUCUGGGGGAAGUGCCUCUCUCAUCCGGCGCCAUGCACCGCUCCGUGCCCUCCCUCGCCUAUGCAUCGCAACAGGUCUGCCUCCCACUCGCCUCUCUCUCACCCUUCCCGGUCGAUCGCUCACGGCGCGGACACUCCCGCGAGCGUGGGCGGUCGCUGGAGCGGUCUCCGCGGAGGCCAGAUCGAUCGCCGCGAAGGCCUGCCUUUCGGGCGGAUCAGGUGCCUCUCGGGCAUGAACGCCGAGAGGAAGGAUCUGCACAAGGAAGAGCCGGCGGAUCGGAAUCGGCCAUGGUGAGGAGUGAUCCGUGGCGGACGGAAACGCGCCAUGGGGGUGGCGAUCUGGGAUAUCGCCAGGAGACGGGAGCGUAUCGCUCGCCGGAUGCAAGUUAUCGCCGUCGCGAAGAUCGGAGGCGCGGGCGAGGCUUGGAAGGACUGUUUUCGGGCCGAGAGGGAGACCUCAACGCUGGCGGAGUAGAAGAAAGCGACGCGGCGGACACCUCGCAGGAGUCCGAGCACGGCGAUGCGGCGGAGAACGGCGCCGACGGCCGGAAGGAGGACGUGAGCAAGCAGCGCGACGUGCCUGCAGAAGCAACAGAAGCAGAUCUCGCGCAGGCGAGCGUGGCGGCAGAGACAAGCGCGGUGGAGGCGGACGGAACGAGCGGUGCUCGAAACCCGCCGCGCAACGGAGAGGAGCGUGGCAGCGGGAGGCGUAGCAGCAGCUCGCGCUCUCCAGAUUUGCGUCAGCAAUGCGACGCGGGAUGCGGCGACGGCGUGCGCUCGCCAGAUCAUCGGCGCACUUGUGAUGGGGGGCGCGGCGACGGCAUGCGCUCGCCAGAUCCGCGGCGCACUCGUGAUGGGGGACGCGGCGAUGGUGUGCGCUCGCCAGAUCCGCGACGCACUCGUGAUGGGGGAAGCGGCGACGGCGUGCGCUCGCCAGAUCCGCGGCGCACUCGUGAUGGGGGACGCGGCGACGGCGUGCGCUCGCCAGAUCCGCGGCGCACUCGUGAUGGGGGACGCGGCGACGGCAUGCGCUCGACAGAUCCGCGGCGCGCUCGUGAUGGGGGACGCGGCGAUGGUGUGCGCUCGCCAGAUCCGCGACGCACUCGUGAUGGGGGAAGCGGCGACGGCGUGCGCUCGCCAGAUCCGCGGCGCACACGUGAUGGGGGACGCGGCGACGGCGUGCGCUCGCCAGAUCCGCGGCGCACUCGUGAAAAGGGACGCGGCGACGGCAUGCGCUCGCCAGAUCCGUGGCCGCUGCAUGAGAGGAGACACGGAAGUGGAUACCACUCGCCAGAUUCGAGGCAACACCGGGACAGUGGGCGCGGGGGCAGCACGCACUCACUAGAUCCGCGGAGAAAUCGCGACGGGAGAAGCAGAGGGGAUUCGCGCUCGCCAGAGCCUCGUUACUCGCGUGAUGAGAGACGCGGAGGAGGCAAUCGCUCGCCGGACAUGCAACGGUACCGUGGAGAGAAGUGGGGAGACAAGGCGCACUCGCCCGACUGGCGCCUGCGUCAUGGGGAAAGCCGGGGAGGCGGAUAUCGCUCACCGCAUCGGCAGCAGAGCAGGGAUGGGAGGCGCGGUGGUGGGUCUCGAUCGCCUGGCCGGUAUUGGCAGCACGACGGAAGAUGUGCCGGACAGGGAGGGCGGGAGCAACAUGGCGAUAGAGAAGAAAGCAGUGGGCUGGUGCACAGCCUGGAGCGAGCCAAGGAAGCAAGGGAGGGCCUACAGCGGGCAAAAGGAAGGGGAGCAUCAGGGAGAUUGGUGGGAGGGCCGAGCAAGGCAUGGGGAGAAGGAAGGGGAGGCACGGCCGUGGGCAUGAGGGUGGAGCCACUCCUCAUCGAAGGGACGGUGCGAGACAACAUCCUAUUCGGCACACCGCUAGACGAGGCACUGUACGCCAAGGUGUUGGACGCCUGUGCUCUGCACUCGGACUUGGCUCUGUGGCCAUGUGGUGAUGCCUCAUUGGUGGAGGAGGGCGGCGGCAACCUCAGUGGCGGGCAGAGGGCGCGCGUUUCGCUUGCCCGGGCGGCGUAUGCUGCACUUCACUGCAAGAUGACUGCUGAGUCGGCGUAUGCCACCCUGCACCGCUGCUCUGCCACACCACAGUUGCACGCUGAUAAUAAUGGUGGCUGCGACAAUCGCCAUAGCAACAGUAGAGACAAUCGCAGUAACAAUAGCAGCAGCAGCAGCAGCAGCAGCAGCAGCAGCAGCAGGGGUGCUCCCCCACCCGUGCUGGUCCUCCUGGACGACCCGCUAGCCGCGUUGGAUCCAGCCGUUGCCAGCCACGUGUUUCAGCAGUGCGUGUGUGGGCUGCUGGCAGGGCUGCCCCGGAUUGUCGUCACUCACCACGUGCAAUACCUUGGCAGCUGCGACAGAGUGUUGCUGCUGGAUGACGAUACAGCAGCGGCGUGUGGUGCGUGGAGUGACCUCUGCGCCCUGCCCUCUGCUCAACAACACUGGGGAAAUCACCCUCCGGGCCCGGAUUUUUCGGACGUUUCUGAUGAUUCCGGCACUUGCAGUGACAGUGCUUCGGGAGAAGCAGCAGCAGCAGCAGCAUCAGCAGCAGCGGAGCUGAGAGGCGGGGAGGAGGGAGUGCUGGAGGCGAGUGGCUCCACAGAGGGCGAUGAGCAAGGCCUGCUGGACGUGGAGGGAUGGCAGCAUGGUGCCAUCCCUAUGUCGGUGUUUUGGGGCUACGCCAGACAGAUGGGCGUGCUGCCCCUGCUGCUCAUCGCAGCUCUCUUCCUCGCCGCACACGUCUCAAACUGCCUCGCAAGCUGGUUCCUGGGCGUGUGGACGGACACGCCCCACACCAUACACCACCCGCUUCUCACCCUCACGGCCAUCGCCCUCUCCUGUGUGGCUCUCUCUCUCCUCGCCUCGCUGCUCUUCCACCGCGCUGCUCUGCGCGCCUCCUCCUGCCUUCACUCACGCAUGCUGGCCUCCGUGCUCGCCUCGCCGCUCGCCUUCUUCCACCGCAACCCCACCGGGCGCGUGCUGAACCGGUUCAGUGAGGACCUCGGGGUGACGGACGACGUGCUGCCAGAAAUGCUGCUGGGAUUCGUCAAUGUGAGUGGGAGUAUGGUAGGGAUGGGGUGA